GUUGUUUGUAAAACGCAUUAUUAUUACGGAGUAUUAUAAAUUCUGCAGUUUUAAACAGAUUGAUCAUUAAUUUCUCCGACAAAAUGAAGAAGUUUUGCCUACACGAAAUGAAAGAAAUCAGGAUGCAAUCCAAAAACGAUGUCAAAUUUACCCCUGAGCCGCUAACAGGAAAGGAAGAGAUGUCUGUGUACGUUGCAGUGCUCACUUAUGUGCUGAACACAGAAGGCUAAUAUGUCCAACAUGCUCAGAAGUUUUUUUUUUUU